AUGGGGGGUGUUUUUUCUGUUCCUGCAGCACGACCACGCAUGGGGAUUCUUUUUCCUGCUGCUACGGUGUUCGCCAGCACGACUGCACAUCCCUCUUCGGUCCAAGCUGCGCCAGUACGCCAGGACGCCAAAACUACGCCUGCCGGCCAGGACGCCGAAACGCCUACGGCCGCCGGGGGCUCCUCGUUCGUGUCUGCGUCAGUCAGCGGUCCAGCUAUCCAUUUCGAACAGCUUCUCGUCCCCCGCGUGGGCGGUCCUCACAGCUUGCAUUAUGUGCCAUCUACGGGAAUGAUUGGUCUUGCGGGUUCUUGGUUGUAUUGAUGGUGGAUAGGUUGUAUUGCACUGCCAUCAAGAACGGUGCGGCUCAUGGUCAAUCAUUCGAGAUAAAAAAGAAUUUCGCUUUGACCAAACUGCACGAUGCAACAACGAAUUCAUUUCUUUCUCCUUCUCAGGCAGAGAGACGGAACGCAGAAACAGGGAUGCAUUGAUUCCUGUAGUUGCAUGAACUAGUUUUCAUGACACUGCGAACUAGGAUUCUAUAUACUUACUGUGGACCACGAUCAUACCGCCGGGGCGGGAGCAGUUGUGUCACGGGAUACGAACAUCGUGGAGCGAUCCGCCGGCAGUGACAAAGCCCCAGAAGUCUCGCCCAUCGGAGAUGUAUGCGAUUGAUGAAGCCAGUACUCACAAGUUCUUCGCGCCAGAAGUAGUUCUACUGUGUUUCGAAAAAAAAGACAAGGGCCACUUUAUUCGUGGCCUCUGCAGCGCCCGCGCUUGCCGUGUCAGUUGCUCUUUAUAUGCAGUGCAGUUCGCUAUGCUACAGUGCAAUUUUUCAAACUUCCCUUUGGGAGUUUAGUUUUCAAUAUAUGCAGUGCAGAAGACGACUACGUUUGCAUUUCGUUCUUGAUCAUUUCCUUCUGCAGUUGCUGCUGGAUUCCCGCCAUGAUACAUACCCACUGAGUGACAUGAUAAAGGCACAAGAAUCUAUUACAUCUACUUCGCUCCUGGCCCCGUUCGAACGUGUGUUUUAUUCAUUUUCUGUGGCCAUAACACUGGAAAAUACAUCCAGUUCACCAAUUAUCCCCGUUUCACCCCACAAGUGAACAUCGUGGCCGCGGCGCAGCGGGUGAAAAAGAUCGUCAACGUGAGCCCGAGCGUCGCGAGGUUGGACAGCGCAGAGCCGAUCUUCGCGCCCAGGACGUUGGGCAGCUCAACAAACGUGGAUGCUACUGCCGCUCUGGGCGGAUCAUCCGACGGGGGUACGACCGCCAUUCAGACGUGGAAGGGCUUCAGGCCGACCGAGCCCGGGCCGACUUUAGCAGCGGGCUGGAACGUCGUGGUGGUCGACAACGUGGCGCAGAACGUAGACGCGGACAUGCGAUUAAUUUUCGUGGAUCACAGCGGUAGGAGAGUGACUUUGAGAAACGGUUUCUUUGAUUCAAUGGAGUCGGGUGGAAGGAUUUCUAUUUUCGCAAGGAGUGCAUACACACCAUUUCAUUUUCACCUCGUAGAACAUGAAACAGCAGGACAAAUUUGAAUCUGUAGGGUCGUAAAAAUGCGCUCAGGGGAACGAAAAGCGAAGUUUUUGUUUCUUGUUCUUGCGGGAAAUACGUGUCAUGUGUACUUCUAGGAAGUUGCGUUGGAAUGGAUAUGACAUCGUCCUCAUCGUUCACACGACCACCCGACCUCUAUAGGAAAAGAGAAAGAACCCUUCAUUUCCGUUGGAUAUCCGAGAAGCAGAUUCGGGAGUGGCAACAAUUUCGCCGCUAUGACGCAACUGGAGGUUCCACCGCGCUGUUUAUCACCUACAAAAGAUUAUGCUGCGCCUGGCAUGGCAUUUAUCUGUUUGGUGCUGCCAGACAAAGUGAGGCACUGAGUCCUCAAAAGGUAUGAUGUCCAAGACGAAGGUUCUUUAUUGCAAGGCAGCUCAAAAGCAAAAUGCACGGCGUAGGUGGAACAAUUGUUCCUGACAGAUAAGUAAUUACUCACUUACUUAACUUUACAUGUGUUGCAGCAGCUUGACACAACUACAAGUAUGUUAUGCCAGUGAAAAAUCGUAGUAUGUUUCUCUCCCACACUCUUUCCGCCGGACGGAUCGCAGUUGGCGUUGUGGGUGCGCAAGGACAGACUGCUCACCCGCGAGGACGGGGAGGUAAUCCACGAAAUGCAGCGGGUCCAGGCGCACCAGGAACGGGAACAGUGGUAUCAGGGCCAGGCGAGCGGAGCCUUUUACGACGUGCACUUGAAGCACUCGGGUGAAGUGCUGUCUCCGGCGCCGCGGCGACAGUCGCAGAGGCUGGCGCAGGCGGGAGCCCUGUCGCUGCCGGCCGGGUCGGCGUAGACGAGGAGGUUGGAGGGAGGGAAAGGAAGGGCAGUUUUGUUUCAGGCAGGAUGGACCGGGGAAACGAAGUCUGAGCGCAUAAGGAAUUUUUCUUUGCAAAGUGAAGGGCAAUGUUAAACAUUUUGCGGCAAUGAAUAGUAUGACAGCAACGUGAAGAACCUCGUGCACUGUCGGCUAGAAUUUUCAAAUUCACGAACAGACAGAGGUCAGCAUCCAGGUUUUCUAGAGUACCAUGCUGCGACUCUUCAUCAUUUUUUCGAAAGUCAAUUUUUAUCCAUCAAUGCAAGCAACCGUCAUCUUUCUUUCGUACACACUCCUAAUUUCUUUGAAAGCGGCACAUGAUCUCACCGAAGAGAAGAAGAACGCAAAGGAAAUAUUUUCAGCAAUUUGAAACAACCUGCUACUAAACUUUUCAAAUUAUU